GUCUGUGCUAAGGACAUCAACAAGGUGCGUAUAAUCAGAAGACUGAGUUUUUCAUCUAGCGGCGAAAACGAAAAUAAGUCGAAUUUUUACCAAUAAAAAUCACAAAAUGGAUGAGCAACAAAUAGAGGAUAUGCUCAGGAGGUUGGAGAAUGGUGACAUUUCGGAAGAUGAUUUAGAGUCAGAUGGAGAAAAUAUUCCUUAUAACCCAUAUCUAGGAGCCUUAGCAGCUGAAUUAGAGGACGAUGAAGACGUUCUUACGGGACAGGACAAUUCAGAAGAUUUUCUGGACCAACCAUUGAUUCAGGAUGAGCAGCUUGUGCAAUGCGCACAGUCGUUGGAGCGAGUGGAAGCACAACCGACUGAAUCUCUCAUGAAUUUGAGGAAUUUACUGUGGAGAAAACAGUCUUUUCUAUUUGAUGAGAAUAACAUCAAAUUUGGUGGGUCUGAAGAGUUACCUUCAUCUAUAAUGAAACUGCAAAGUCCGUAUCAGUUUUUUAUCUACUUUUUCACGAAUCCGUUUAUGGAAAACAUUGUUACUGAAUCAGCACGCUAUGCUGUCCAGAAACAACCUGACAGACCUGAAAUAUUCACAGAGGGUGAACUUCGCAAAUAUUUUGAUAUUUUAAUAUUUAUGUCUGUUUACCAUUAUCCGAGCACAAGGUCGUAUUGGUCUAAUAAAUUUAGCUUCAGUCCCAUCAAAGAGGCAAUGCCAAUAAAUAAAUUUGAGAAAAUGCGAAAGUUACUGCACUUCAAUAAUAAUGAUGAUCAUCUGCCAGUAGACCACGUGCAGCAUGACAGGCUUCAUAAUUUACGUCCUAUAAUCACCCAUUUAAAUGAAAAGUUCUCUAGCGUGACCAUCGAGCAGCGAUUAUCUAUAGAUGAACAGAUGUGCGCCACCAAAGUGGGACAUUUUCUCAAACAAUAUCUCCCCAACAAACCCCAGAAAUGGGGUUUUAAAUUGUUUGUUUUAUGCAAUUUGAGCGGUUUUGCUUAUAGAUUCAUAAUCUACUCUGGGAAAGAAGCUAAUGAAGGAUCCUCAAACAGUCAAAACCUGGGAGUUGUAGGACAAACAGUUAUGAAUUUUCUGAGUGUGGUACCCAGGCAAAGAAAUCAUAUUGUCUAUUUUGACAAUUACUACACAUCUUUGCCAUUGAUGUGUAUACUUGCUAAGCAAGGUAUACAUUCCCUAGGCACUAUUCAAAGAAACCGACUGGGAAAAACUUGCAAGUUGCCAACUAAGCAGGAUGUUAUGAAAAGUUCAAUUCCAAGAGGGUCUUAUGAAGAGUAUGUUACAAAUUUUGAAGGCAUUGACAUGACAACAGUAAGUUGGAAGGACAAUAAGCAAGUUGUGUUAGCGUCGACAUACGUUGGAGCAUGUCCCGUAGGGAAUAUCGAACGAUUCGAUAAAAAAGAAAAAAAGAGGAUUCUUAUCACGUGCCCAAAGCUAAUCAGGGAAUAUAACAUGCACAUGGGUGGUGUAGACCUCAUGGAUUCCUUUUUAGGAAGAAAUAGGAUUCGAAUGAAGAGCAGAAAGUGGUACAUGAGAAUCUUCUAUCACCUGCUUGAUUUGACAGUAAUAAAUUCGUGGGUGUUAUAUAAAAAAGUUG